AUGCAAAUACUAAAAAAUACCGGAAUAGAUGAGAAGGAUAUUCGUGUCAUUAAAAAUUCGAACAAAGAAAUUAAACGUAGAAUAGCAAUGACUAAAACUACUUUUAUGAAAAUGAAGUCAUUGCUUUGCAAUAACCAUCUCAGUUUAGAACUAAGGCAAAGAAUGGUUAAGUGCUAUGUUUGGUCCAUACUUUUGUAUAGUGCAAAAGUGUGGACGCUAAAAGUAUUGAUCAUGAACAAAAUUAAAGCAUUGGAAAUGUGGAUUCAUAGACGAAUGCUGAAAACACCUUGGACAGCAAGAAAAACGAAUGAAGAAGUACUAAGGAGCAUCAACAAAGAUAGAGAACUGCUAAAGACUGUUAAACAUCGAAAAAUGUCUUAUCUGGGACAUAUAGUAAGGGGA